UUUCAGCUGAAGGACUGCAGUAAACUGAACCUGUGCAGCUGUAUUCUUUGGGAAAGACAGAAGACAGUUUGAACCAUGGCAAGCCAGGCGUUUUCCCCAGAGGCUGCUUUCCCUCAUGGGAGGCGGAGGGAGAAAUGGGACCCCAGGCUUCUUUCAAGGGCAAGGACUUAAUGGCGAAAAAAAGAGAAUGUCUACAGGCCUACAGCUGGUGGAGAACACCACAGAAAAAACGGAAGAAAAAGAACAAAAUAAAACCUGGAAGAAUAGAGUUUGUCCCUAGUAGUAGUUCAGCCAGACCAGAUUAUUCUAUAUUUGUUGGGGAGCUUACUCCGGAAGUGGAUGAUUUCCAGCUCUAUGACUAUUUCCUAAAGAGGUACCCCUCAUGUAUUGACUGCAAAAUAGCAACAGACCUGCUGGGAUAUUCCAGAGGGUAUGCCUUUGUCAGAUUUGGUGAGCAAGGUGAUCAGAUGAGGGCACUGCAAGACUGCCAGAAUGCACCAGGUCUGGGGGGAAAACGAAUCCGGCUGAGCAUAGGAAUUUCUAAAAGACUUAAAGCAGAAUUCCAGCGGUACCAGUCAUACAACUAUAAUGAUUAUUACCAAGAUUAUCAGAACUACUACUCACAGUGGGGUUAUGAUCCUUAUGCUGAUUACAACUACAGCUCCUAUGCUCCCUAUGAUAGCAUGCAAGCUGUUGGAGACUGCUCUUUAGGAGAUGCUGUUAUGGCUCCAGCUGUUUUUGAGGAAACUUCAGCGAUGACUGAAAUCAAUGACGACCUAAUAACUGAAGAUCCACAGCUUUACUUGGAUGUUGAUGAAAUGAACAGACAAUUUAUGGAGACAAGUGAAGAGCUCUAUGAUUCCCUCAUGAAUUGUCACUGGCAACCUCUGGAUACGGUCACUUCUGACAUCCCCCCUGCUAUUUAAGUGUCUUAUAUAGCAUGACCGUUAUGACCAAGGGAUGCUCUUGGACCAACAGCUUCUUUCUAGCGCUACCUCAAAGUAACUUGCAGAUAUAACUCGCAGGGAAGAUUGAUCAAAUGGUGAUGAUCCCUAUCAUUCUGCUGGAUAUAUAUAUUUGCCUUUUGGUUUGUCUCAUUUUUAACAAUUUAUUUAACUUCAGUGACUCAUGUCAAUAGACAUUGUUUGACUACAUCAACAAGUAUUUCUGAGUCAUGAGUGUCAUUAAAGGCAUGUCACCGUAUGGAAAUUGUUCUAAAUAAGUAAAUAAAGUAGCACUUGAAUUCACAGAGCAAA